UAUGCAGCUGGAGGAACUCCUUUUAUAUACGGGCAUCAUGGUGAAAAUGAAUGGGUCCAAAUCAUGUCUAUAUUCACACACAUCCACCCGUAACAUUACCAUGUUUUAAUCAAUCAACGAAGCAACAGUUCGGGGAUGGAGAGUGACAUUUUGGACUCCUUGGAGCAGCUCGGCUAUGACGGGCCUCUGCUGGAAGAGAAGGUGCUGCUAAGAGCGGCAGAAGGAGGCCUUUCGUCCCCGGAGUACGUGGACCUCUGUCGGUGGUUGGCAUCUAGACUGAAGCCCCUCUGUGGCUUGGAGGAGAGCAUUACAUCUGGACCAGACGACAUGGACAGCCUACAGGUAGAGAUGAGUGGUUUGCUGAAAGAGCUGCACUGUCCCUUUGAAGGAGCCGUUUCAGGGAUCCUCCGGUGCAGCACACGGAGCACAAAAGACCACCUGAAGUUUGUCUUGUUUUUGAGCUCCGAGCUUCAGGCGGCUCAGAUCCUGGGCGGCAGAAGAGACUCUGCGAAGCGCCAAGAUGAGAGUCCGGUUCAGCGGGAGCUUUCAGCGAUCUGCGAGACGCUGAAGCUGCCGGAGCCUGGAGGAAGAGAGGCAGCAGAGGUUUUUUCUCAAGUAAAAAACAAGGUGGAACAUGUGCUUCAAGAUCUUCCUAAAGGCUUCGUUGGUUCUCCAGUGUUCCAGAAGUCUCUGAGCAGCGAGCAGUGGGAGAAGCUGCACGGCAUCAACACAGGCCUGUCGUCAGAGUACGAGUGUCGCCGCAGGAUGCUGAUCAAGCGGCUGGACGUCACCGUUCAGUCGUUCGGCUGGUCGGACAGAGCCAAGGUGAAGGUGGACAGCAUGGCCAGAGCCUACCAGCCCAAGCGCCACUCUCUGAAGCCUCAGUCCUCGGUGGACGUGGCCGAGCUGCUGGCGGCCAGGGAGGACAUCUGCAACGUGGUGAAGACCAGCAGCGGCUCCAGCCGGGCGAACACCGCCUGCGCCGUCAACAAGGUUUUAAUGGGAAGAGUGCCGGACCGAGGAGGACGUCCCUCUGAGAUAGACGCCCCGCCGCCUGAGAUGCCCCCCUGGCAGAAGAGGCAAGAUGGAGGUGGAGGAUGGGGAGGACGCGGCGGUGGAGGAGGAGGAGGCGGAGGCGGAGGCGGCGGCUGGAAUCAAGGAGGAAGAGGAGGUGGAGGAGGAUGGGGAGGCGGUGGAGGAUGGAAGGGAGGAGGAUGGAACCAAGGAGGACACAACAGACAUGGAGACUAUGGAGGACAUGGAGGGAAGAGAGGACGAUACCAGUAUUAGCAUCUGCUGUGUUUUGAGUUUUCAUUUGAUCCAAAUGUAGCUCUCUAUACACAUACACACACACACACCAUAAUCUAAACACAACACUCAUCUGAUGCCAACCAAUGGGAAACCUUCCCCCCUUAUUUUAUUUUUUAUCAAACGUUAAUAUUGUGGUUUUUUUUUAAAUUUUAUAUGUUUUAUGGACAAAUCAGCUGUCGUUACUAGGGGUGCACUGAUUGAUCGGCUCUGAUUUCCUAAUUUUAUGUGAUCGGUCGAUACUUGCAUGUGAAGCCGAUCCAUUCCAUCAGUCUCAUCUACCUCCACAUCUGCAGUAGGAGGCCUGAUUUAAACUAUUAAUUUAGUUUACCUAACAGUUUAGACAGCAAAGCUCUAAACGUCUCCUUUUAUUUGAGAACACUACCUCAUGUGCAGUUAAAACAAGUUUGUGUUGUUCAGUGUUUUCCAAUGAAAUAAGGUUAAAGGUGUAUUAUAACCUUAUAACACCUGACAGUGUCACCUAUUAAGAAAAUCAGCAUCUGCCAGAACUGGAUUCAACAAGUCUGGCUUUUUAGAGAUCGAUGAUCGGCCAGAAAACUGCAAUCAGUGCAUCUCUAGUCAUUACGAGAUUACGUAAGGUUAAACCUUAUUAGGUUAAGCCUAAUAAGUAUUUAACCUUAUUAAGUAGUUAGGUUAAAUACCUAUUAUUUAACCUAAUAAGUAGGUUAAAUUAAACUAAUGUAUUGUAGCUCCAGGAUCUUAUCUUGGGAGACAAACAAGACUUGUAGAGCAACUUUGUGUUUUACUUUGUUCUUUAGCAACACAGUCCUGGGAAACUCAUUCUGGAAUGCUUUUAAGAUGCUAACUGUGUGUUUUACUUUUGACAAAAACACAUUUUUAACUGUGAACACCUGAAGUAUUAGAGCGGGUGGAUCAGAGGAUGACUGUGAUCAAAUCUGCAGCGCUGGUUAUCGGUUUUGGACUUUUAAAUAUGAUUUUUAAUUGUCUUUUAUUUGUAUUUAUACAACAUCUAAUAAUUGGGUGCACAAGUUUGAAUUUAUGGUGGAUGUUUUUGAAUCUACAUUUACAUCGCAGACUCAAAUGUACAUGGACGCCCUGUAACAUUUGGCUAAAAGUCCGUUAUUAAACUCCAGUUCGGUUUUUCGACAA